AAAACGCAGAUACUUUGAGCGGUAAACUCACACAUAGAGACACUUGCAAGCAUGCACACAAACAUACGUAUAGAAAGACGUGAACGACAAAAUAACCGUCACGCUCUUACGCUCAGAGGUGUCAAGCGAUAGAGCGAUACACACAAACACAAGGGGAAGGCAACAUAAACACACACUGAAGCAUUAAGAAGAUUCGGUGAUAGACAGACGUACGCACAUGCUUGCGGAUGCGGAUGUAUGCAUCUAGCGUCUACCCGUUCGAACACAUGCAAACACUUGCGGACAUAAACACAAACAACCACACACUGCGGUAGAAAAAGGACACGCAGGUAUACACCUAUAUACAGAAACAUAAACGAAGGCUGAUCCAUGCAUCGAUAACAUUCAUAUAUAUACACAUGUACGCAGGUGCACACAAGCUCACAAAUAUAAACACACGCGCACACACACGCACACGUGCACACGUGCACGCGUAAACCCGCUCGCACUCUCACACACACGCACACACGCUCUCGCACUCUCACAGUCGCACAUUCAUACUCGCACACUCACACCCUCACUUGCACAGACACACACACACACACGUACACACACGCACGCGCACUGACUUGCACAGGCACACAAAUACACUCUCUCUCGCUUGCACACACUCACACUAAUACUCACGCACUCAUACAAUCUCUUUCUCUUUCUCUCUCCCUCUCUCUCACCCUCACAAGCACACACGCACUGGCACAUAGGCACGCACACACACACAGGCACGCGCACACACACUCACUCGUACAGACACACAUAAGCUCCCCCACACACACACUCGCACAGGCACACGCACACAUUCACACACGCAUAUACACAUACACUCACACACACACAUAACAACUAGCACUGAAACAUGCGCACACACACCGAUACACUUUACUAGCACUGAGACGAUACUGCUGCACAAAAACACAGACAUUAAGGAGAAGUCGAUACAUCAUACACACACACACGCACACAGUAACCGACACACAUACACAUAUACAUUGACAUCAUAGGCUGCUACACCACGAGCCACAUACAUAAACAGACACACACACACACACACACACGCACACACUUAUAUACAAAUUCACACACGCACACGUACGCUCAUCCGUGUUCACGUCAAAAGGUAAAAAUGAAAAGAAAAAAGGAAAGAAAAGAAAAAAAAGAAGUUCGUAAAGCGUUGAGCAAGAGGAGUUUUUAAGCUUUUUAUUCACAUUGAUUUGCGUACACUCCUAAACACGCAUCUCACCCGAACUCAACUCUCAAGCCUUGUCAGCUAUUCAGUUUACAUCGCUUGUUACACGGCACCGGGUGUGUUCGGAGACGAACAGCUAGCGUACUACAUCAAUAACUACCACUAGAACUUUGCAAAUAACAAGUACAACAACAAUAAAAACAACAACAGCAGUAAUUAUAGCAUGUAAAACAAUAACAAAGUUUUUAAAAAAAAUUUUAUUCCCUGAGAGACCUUCACUCACCCAUGCUGUAGAAAUUUAGCCGCCACUACAACAGUCACACAUAUAUAUAUAUACCAUUCCGUUCAGUCAUUCAUAUCUAUCUAUCUAUCUAUCUAUCUAUCUAUCUAUCUAUCUAUCUAUCUAUCUAUCUAUCUAUCAUGUUAAUUAUACACAUAUAAACUGUGAGUACUUUACAUAUUUCUACUCAUACACACGCUUAAAUACGAACUCAUUAUCUCAUACAUUACGGCGAUAAUAAUUUUAUAUACGCACACACUUGUAUAUUAAGAUAUUAAUUACACUAAUUAUAUAUAUAUGUAUGUAUGUAUGUACGAGUGUAUCAAUGUAUACACAUACCGUUAAUAGAAAUAUAAGCAAACACACAAACAUUCUUAUAGACACUAACGCACGUCCACACACACACUGGUGUGAACUUACACGCACGCACACACACACAAACUUGCAUUAUAGCAGUAUACAGGAGAAAAGCUAUACAACUCACCCACAUAUAACCAUCUGUAGUGACACACACACACUACUCACACACGCUAUACAAAUAUAUAUAUAAACAGAUGAAUACAGGCUCACACAUGCGUACACACAGACACACACACAGGCAAACAUAGCCGGCACGCGCACGCGCGGAGACACUGACAGACACACGAGCGCGCUGACACAUACACACUGACACACACACACACACACACACACGUACAGGCGAACACACGAACACACGCAUACAUACAUAUAACAACUUUCAAACAGUCGUCCGUCAUUUAGGGGGAAAGUUUUCUCUGAAACAGACGAUCGACAUUUUUUCUUCUCUUUUCCCCCGUUUAUUUACUAAGAAGAAGAAAAAAAUUGGUUGAAAUUGUUUUGUUUUAUUACUUCACAUCUUUCUCGGAGAUUUUGUUUAUUUAUAAUUGUAUAUAAUAUAUAUUUUCUUUUAAAAUUUUCAUUGCAUUUUGGGUUUAAAUUUACAUAUAUAUAUAUAUAAAUAUCGUCGUCACGUCUUUUUUUCUCACGCUGGACACAUUCAUAACAUCACUUUUCUUCUAAAGUCUAAAUGUUCUCGGAUUGUACAACAUUGCUGCACUUAGCAUGGAUUCUAACUCGAUAAUUUGUUGUGGAUGUCUUCUCUUAAUAGUUUCGGUCUUCGGAGAAGAUUCCUUCUACUUCAGUACGAUGCCAAAAAGUCAGGAUGUUGUUGAAGGUUCUGACUUAACGAUCAAAUGUGAUGUAUCCGACCGGCAACAUAUCGUUUUCCAAUGGAUGUUUCGUGGCAAGAUUUUGGCUAAUACAAGUCGACGUUUUCAAGACAACAGCAACCUACGGAUUUUACGAGUCAGUCAAGAAGAUGACGACGGCCCAUUUACAUGCAUUGCCACCAAUGUAACCACAGGUUUUUCCUUACAGAGUUCAAAUGCUCGUCUCAACAUUCAAUGGAUCAAUGAGACAGCAAAUGUGAUUCUGAAACGUCCAGCACGAAAUCAAAUUAAAGCAGGAUCAGACGUUAUUCUGCGGUGUGUCAUUCAAGGAAACCCAGUACCAUCAAUAUUAUGGUACAGAAACAAAUUCAGGAUAUUUAACACCGACAAAAACGAGAGAAUAAAAAUAAUGGAAGACGAGAGCCGUUUGAAAUUGUCGCAAGUGACUGCGUCUGAAAAUGGAGUCUACUCAUGUCGUGCAGAAAAUAUUGCAGGCGCCAGAGAUUCGAAGAAGAAAUUUUUAUUGAAUGUUGAAGAACCCGGAGUACCACAUUUGGCAGAGGAGAAAUUUUUGGACUAUGUUCUAGUCCAGAGAAACGAACCAGCUCGUCUUGAUUGUUUGAUUGUCGGAGCAGCACGAAUUGAAUGGUUUUCUAAUUAUGAAAAAAUUAUUAACAGUUCUAGAUUUGGACCUGGUUUCGAGAGCAACACGUUGGAGGAAAUGAGGUACUAUGUAUUCAGUAAUGGUUCUCUCUUUUUCCCGAGUGUCCAACCUGAAGACAAAGGAAUUUACCGUUGUGAAGGAAUCAGCGCUCAUCAUCCCAAACAAGUCUUUACAGCAGAACUAGAGAUGGCAUAUCUUGGAGAUUUUACACCAGACCUUUUUGAGCCACGCCUCAUAACAGAUUUUCCAAUGGUUAUCCCAGUUCAUUCUAAAUUCGAGGUGAAAGUUUAUCCUGCGACUGGAAAACCGAAACCAACUUACAGGUGGUUAAAUAGAAACAACAUGCCAAUUGGUGAAAUGGGUAUGAUUCGAGUGGAAGAUAGUACUCUUGUUUUCGAAGAUCCAGAAGAAAUUGAUACAGGAAACUAUACAUGUAUAAUGAGUAACUCUGCUGGCGAGAAAAAACAAAACGUCUGGAUCAUGAUUUCAGUUCCACCAAUCAUCACGAAAGUUCCCCAGCCACGCACAGUUAGCGAAGAUAUGAGUGUUAGCUUCUCAUGCAAAGUAAUUGCAACUCCGUACCCAGUGACCACAAUAUUUUGGACUCGAAAUGAUGUCCCUAUCGAUCCGACAACUCCUGGAUUCCGUGUGAACAAAAAAGUGGGAACUUUAUACAUCGCCAGUGCUCAGGCAGAGGAUAGCGGCAGCUAUGCCUGUGUCGCAAAUACCACAGGUCAACCUCUAGAAGUCUCCAGUCGGGCAUAUCUCACAGUAAAAAAAAAAUUACGUUUUAGUCCGGCACCAGAAGAUCACAGACUUGAACUGAGUUUUGAAUCCACAAUAGAAUGUAAAGCCGAGGCAGAAACUCGUCCAGCGAUUACAUGGCUAAAGGAUGGGCGUGAACAGUUCCCUACACACGUCAGCCAAGACAAAGGAGUACUUUACUUUCACGGUGUGCGCAAGUCUGAUGCUGGGUAUUACACUUGUAUUGCCGUCAGUGAACGCCAAGGUAUCAUAAAUGCCACGAUUACAGUAGAAGUUGUGGAAAAACCAAAAUUUCAAGUGCUACCAAGAAACACCACAGCCUACGAGGGGCGUCGUGUCAUGCUGCAUUGUGUCGCGAUUGGUGACCCCAAACCGUCCGUCUGGUGGGAUAAAAAUGGUGAAGCGAACACGUGGGACUUAGCGAGAUUCGAGAUGCUGGGCAACGGUACCCUUUUGAUAUCUAAGGUAUUCAUGGAAGACAAGGGGCGGUAUGGCUGCACUGCAAACAAUACGGCGGGUCUUCAACGCUACGAAGCUUACCUGGAUGUUGCGAGUGCUGCCGAGUAUGAGAAGACUAUUAAGCAGGAAGACAGUUUCAAUAUGAUGAAGACAGUGAUAAUCGCUGUUUGCAGCGCUGGAGCUUAUCUCGCACUUGUUAUUGGCCUCACGGCCUUCUGUAGUUAUCGGCUUUUAAUGCAAAGACGAAACAGGAAAGCGUUUUCACCAAGAAAAGGUUUGUAUGGUGAUGUCUUUCUAGCCCAGGCUCGCAACAUUCGAGAGUCUGAAAGUGAAAGUUUGGUUGUCGUCAAAUCACUGCUAAAUAAGGACGAACAGCUGUUUUUUGAGUUUAAGCACGAAAUGGAUAUGUUUUCACGCCUGGAACAUCCAAAUAUUACCAAGCUUCUUGGUGUCUGCCGCGAAGCAGAACCAAACUUCAUGAUUACAGAAUAUUGUGACUGGGGAGAUUUGAAACAAUUUCUUCUUGCUACAAGAAAUGACAAUGGAAAACGUAUUGCUCGUGCCCCACCACUGACAAUUCCACAAAAAUUGAAUCUAUGUCGACAGGUAUCGCUGGGAAUGGAACACUUGGCUAGCAACCGAUUCAUUCAUAAAGAUUUAGCAUCAAGGAAUGUGUUGCUAACAAACAGAUUAGAUGUAAAGAUAUCGUUGUUGUCGCUGUGUCGUGACGUGUAUGCCCAAGAGUAUUACCCACAUUUUCAAUGUCUCAUUCCAUUACGGUGGAUGCCACCCGAGGCUGUUUUAGAUGAUGAAUUCUCAACUAAAAGUGAUGUGUGGUCGUUUGGAGUUUUUAUGUGGGAAGUUUUUCAUCUGGGAGAAUUGCCUCAUAAGUCAAAGACCAAUGAGGAAUUACUUAAAUGUAUCAAAGUUGAUGACAUCUCCCUAGAUAUCUGUGACCAAUGCUUGCCGGGAAUAGCUGAACUGAUCAGGAAGUGUACACAACUUAAUGCUAAAGACAGACCCCAGUUCAACGAAAUAAGUAUUGCUCUAGGAGAGCUUAAUACAGAAAACAAUGUUUGAAGGGUGAGAAAGGGUUUUUAAAAAAAAAAAAAACUACACCUAAAGAUCCAAUAACAUUUAAAAAAUAGAUAAUAAAUAAAAGAAAAUUCAUAUUCACAAGGAAAAGCCCAGGAUUAAAAAAAAUAUAUAUGUAAUAUUACAAAUAAUAAACUACUUUGAUUAUGACACUAAUAAAAGAAAAGAAAAGAAAAGAAAAACCUGAAUAAGCCAAUUCAGAUUUCUCAUUAUCUUUAUUUGUGUCAUUUACUAUACUCGAGAUGGUCGAGUGUGACAUACUGUUUUUCUAAGAAACAUUGAAUACAAGAAACCAGUGAGUGAAAACUGUUGAACUGUUCAUGAAAAGUUUGUUGUAGACUAACUUUAUCAAAAAUUGAUAUCUGUGAAACAAAAUUAAAAACAAUAAAUGAAAAGAAAAAGAAAAUUUAAAUGAACGUCACAACAACAACAAUACCAAAAAAAAAAAAGAAACCCAACAAGAUUUUAAAUUAAAAAUAUUUACAUAUGAAAACAUAUGAAAUAUUUCAACGAUUUUUUUUUUUUUAAUAUAUAUUUAAGGGCAGAUAAAGUGGAAGACCAUGAAUAAUGAUUGUGAAUGAUCUUAGAGUGGGUAAUAAAUCAUGAGAAAUAAUAUAAAAAUAAA